AUGUCCCUUCCCAAUGACACCCAGUUUCACCUCUUCUCCUUCCUGUUGCUGGGGGUCCCAGGACUCGAAACACUCCACAUUUGGAUUGGCUUUCCCUUUUGUGUUGUGUACAUGAUUGCACUCAUAGGGAACUUCACUAUUUUGUUUGUGAUCCAGGCUGAGAGCAGCCUCCACCAGCCUAUGUUCUACUUCCUGGCCAUGUUGGCUACCAUUGACUUGGGUCUCUCCACAGCUACUAUCCCUAAGAUGCUUGGAAUUUUCUGGUUCAAUCUCAGAGAGAUGAUCUUUGAAGCCUGCCUCACCCAGAUGUUUUUCAUUCACAACUUCACAUUGAUGGAAUCAACAGUUCUCUUGGCAAUGGCUUAUGAUCGUUAUGUGGCCAUCUGCAACCCACUCCGAUACAGCACCAUCCUCACCAACAAGGUUGGCAUUUAUUGUUGUNUCUUGAUUGGUCUUGGUGUGCUAGUGAGGGCAUUUAUUUUUGCGAUUCCUUUUGUAUUUCUCAUCUUGCGACUGCCCUUCUGUGGGAAUCAUGUCAUUCCUCAUACCUACUGUGAGCACAUGGGUCUUGCUCGUCUGUCUUGUGCCAGCAUCAAGAUCAAUAUCAUCUAUGGCUUAUGUGCAAUUUGUAAUCUAGUGUUUGACAUUAUAGCCAUUGCCCUUUCCUAUGUUCAGAUACUCUGCACUGUUUUCCAUCUUCCUUCCCGUGAAGCCCGCCUCAAGUCUCUCAGCACAUGUGGUUCUCAUGUUUGUGUAAUCCUUGCCUUCUAUACGCCAGCCCUCUUUUCCUUCAUGACACAUCGCUUUGGCCGAAAUGUCCCUCGUUAUAUCCACAUACUCCUGGCCAAUCUUUAUGUCGUAGUGCCACCAAUGCUCAACCCUGUCAUAUAUGGAGUCAGAACCAAGCAGAUCUAUGACCGUGUGAAGAAAAUAUUAUUACAGAAAUAA